UGACCCUGGUGUCUCGCUCGCUUCCCCGCCACCCGCUUUCCAACCCAAGGUCGGACCGUUCCUCGUAAAUCGCGCCUCCCCUCUCGCUUAAACCCCAAAGCAAAGCGACAAUGUGGAGCAGCGGCAAGCACGCCGAACUGAAACACCCAGUGCCCGCCGCGGCCCAAUCCUAAUCCGCCCGUGCGUACGACGUCAUGGUGGCCGGGCGCGUCAAGGCGGCCAUGGGCUUCCACCACAGCAGUCCCACUCCCAGGGCGCCCAAAUCGCCGGCGCCCCACGCCGAGGAGCAUACACGGACGCCGGCCCGGGUCCCGCCGCCGUCCUCGCCCGCGGCGUCCAAGGCGUCGGCGUUCGCGCGCUCGCUGGGCGCCUACUUCCCGCGCUCGGCGUCGGCGCAGGUGCAGCCCGCGCGCGCGCCGCCGGAGGUCGCCGGGCUGCUGCGCGCCAUCGAGCAGCUCCAGGAGCGGGAGUCGCGCCUGCGCGUGGAGCUGCUGGAGCAGAAGAUACUCAAGGAGACCGUCGCCAUCGUCCCCUUCCUGGAGGCCGAGCUCGCCGCCAAGAGCAGCGACCUCGAGAGGUACAGGGAGUCCGCGGUCCGGCUCGAGUCCGAGAACUUGCGGCUCUGCGCCGAGCUCGACGCCGCCGUGCUGGAGGCUACCAGCAGGAAGCAGAGGAUUGUGCAGAUGGAGAAGGAGAUGACGGAGCUGCGGAAGCAGCAGGAGGCGCUCGCUGACGACUGCUGCUCUUCCUCGGCUUCCGUCUCGGUGGAGCAUUGCGAGAGCUCCAUUGCCGCGGCGAAUACCGCGAGCUUAGCUCCAUUGCAGCCGCCAGCUUUCGUGUCAAAGUCCUCCUUCCCGGCCUCGAUGCACGCCUCGCCUGCGAGCUCUUCCUCAUCCUCGGCGUCUUCCUCCACGUCGACUUCGCCCACGAACUCCGGCUCGUCGUCGUCAUGCACAUCGCCCGUACCAAGAACCCGCGUGCCAGAGCUGUCCAAGCUGCCGCCGAUACCUCCGCCACCGCCACCACGGCCUCCGCUGGUGAGCUCCUCGCCCCCCAGCUCACUCGGCGUGUGCGGAAGCGCAGGCGCGCCGCCUCCUCCGCCUCCGCCCCCACCGUCCAGGAGGGCGGUCAGCAGAGCAUGUUCGCCGUCGAAAUCCGGUUCGUGCGUGAGGCGCGUGCCCGAGGUGGUCGAGUUCUACCACUCGCUGAUGCGGAGGGAGUCCAAAAGGGACGGAGGGAGCGGCGGCGAUCCAGCGAACAGUGGCGGCGCGGCGGCGACCAGGGACAUGAUCGGCGAAAUCGAGAACCGAUCAGCUCACCUCCUCGCGAUCCGAUCGGACGUGGAGAGGCAGGGCGACUUGAUCCGGUUCCUGAUCAAGGAGGUGGAGGCGGCGGCGUUCGCCGGCAUCGAGGACGUGGUCGCCUUCGUCAAGUGGCUCGACGACGAGCUCUCCCGCCUGGUGGACGAGCGGGCGGUGCUGAAGCACUUCGAGUGGCCGGAGCAGAAGGCGGACGCGCUCCGGGAGGCGGCGUUCGGGUACCGUGACCUGAAGAAGCUAGAGGGCGAGGCCGCCUCGUUCUGUGACGAUGCCCGGCUACCCUGUGCAACCGCGCUCAAGAAGAUGCAAGCCCUCUUCGAGAAGUUGGAGCAUGGCGUCUACGAUCUCGCCCGCGUCCGGGACAGCGCCGCCAGCAGGUAUGGCCGGUUCAAGAUCCCCUCGAAGUGGAUGCAAGACUCUGGGAUCGUGAGCCAGAUAAAAUUCCAAUCAGUAAAGUUGGCCAGGAAAUACCUUGAACGGGUUUCCUCCGAGCUUGAGGCCAUUAAAGUCGGCCCAGACGAAGAGGAGUUGAUGCUUCAAGGAGUACGGUUCGCCUUCAGAGUGCACCAGUUUGCAAAUGGUUUCGACGUUGACACUAUGCGCGCGUUCCAAGAGCUCAAAGAGAAGGCUUCUAUGUGCCAUUUUCAGCGGCAAAGGCAGAAUCAACGUUUGCGACAGCAAACACUUGUCGCCAGGACCUGAGCAUCUCCUUAUGCUGAAUGAACCAUACGCCAUCUUGUGUUAUGAUGUACCAUACACCAUCUCGUGGUUAUUAUAGUAUGAUUAAUUGAUUUUUUUCUGUUGAAUAUGCUCUAUAGAUUUCUUACCUCAGAAGAAAAUAUUUUUGUUCUUUCCCAGUUGAAAUCUGACUACACCUUCUCUUAUUAAGCACCCCUGUUAGGGUUAUAAGAAUUUUAGUAGUGUCACCUGAUGUGAAAUUUUCUAGCCGCUUCUGUGUAUAAAUGGUGACAGAUGAUGCUAUCAUGCUACUGUGAGGAAAUUCAUCUUAUACUAGUGCUAAA